AUGGUUUCGAAAAACGAGACAGUGUGGACAGUAUUUAUACUUCUUGGAUUCUCCAGUAACACUUGGACACAGAGUGGCCUCUUUGUAUUCUUCUUUUGUAUCUUCUUAAUAAAUUUAAUUAGUAAUUUGCUAAUCAUUACUGUAUCUAUAACAGACAUAAGUCUUCAGACUCCUAUGUAUUUUUUCCUCAGCAACCUUUCUCUUAUGGACAUCUUUUCUUCAUCAACAGUUGUACCAAGAUUGCUAAGAGACUUGAUGUCGAACGAUAAAACAAUCUCAUUUCUAGAAUGUGCAGCUCAAAUGUACAUUUCUCUCUGUUUUGGGACUACAGAAUGUAUUCUGCUUUCUGCAAUGGCUUAUGAUCGUUAUGCAGCUAUAUGUUAUCCAUUACGUUAUACCACAAUGAUGAAUCAAUCAGCCUGCAUAAAGAUUGCUAGUGCCACAUGGAUAUUUGGGUUCCUCUUUCCAAUUUUCUUUGUUGCACAUACGUUGAAUUUAAACAUUUGUGCAAAUAAUACAAUAAAGCAUUUUUUUUGUGAUGUGCCAGGAGUGCUGGCACUAGGGUGUGGUGAUAAAGCAAAAGGCCCUAUCAACUUGUGGCUCCCAUCUGAUGGUAGUGGCACUAUUUUAUAUCUCAGCAAUGUCUAUAUACAUGAAGCCCAGGUCAACCACUUCAUCUGA